AUGUCUAGUGAUGACAAUGAUACACUCACCAGCGAUCCAUCAAUGACAGAGCUCAAGGAAAUAGUAUUCUCCCUGAACCCUCCUAGUGCAGCAGGACCUGAUAGCAUGAAUAGGAAGUUCUAUCAAGCCUGCUGGGAAGUGAUCAAGGAAGUUUUCCUCAAAGUUGUUCUGUCAUUCUUUAGAGGAAAUCCAAUGCCCAGAUAUAUGACCAAUGCAUGCCUUGUUCUCUUGCCUAAGGUUGAAUUCCCUAAAAGUCUCACAGAAUUCAGGUCAAUUAGUCUUAGCAACUUCAUCAACAAGAUUUUCUCCAAGGUUAUUUACUCAAGGCUUGGUCCCAUCCUCCCAAAGAUAAUCUCUACAAGCCAAUCUGGCUUUGUAAAGGGCAGGAACAUCUCUGAAAACAUUAUACUGGCACAAAAAAUAGAGCAUGGUAUCAAGAAGCCAACUGUGUGGUCAAAUGUGGUCAUCAAGCUUGACAUGGCCAAGGCCUAUGACAGAGUAUCCUGGAGUUUCACUUGCAUCAUGCUUAGGAGAAUGGGAUUCAGUGAAAUGACCAUUGACAUGAUCCGGAGAACUAUGUCCAAAAAACGGUACUCAGUCAUUGUUAAUGGCACAAGAUGUGGAUUCUUUCAAUCUACAAGAGGCCUUAAAUAG